CAAACUCCAAACAAAUCUCAAAUGCCGAUAGUCCCUUACUCGACAAGGAAUUUAUUUUAUUUGCUGUUUGAUUUAGUGAUUAGUCUGUGCUUUCCUGAUUUUCUGUACCCAGUAGUCACAGUACACCACCCUAGUGUAUUAUAUUAGACUUCUAAAUUAGUGGAAAACAGAAUCAGGGCCUACCUGAAGACGCCUCUAAGUGCUCAUGGAUGAAAUCCAAGUUUUACCAGGUACCAGUAGCGAAUCUGACGGAAAUGGUGGAAAGAAUCAAGAAGAACAUGCUUACUUCAAACAGCCAGUUGAAGCCCCAAAUGAAGUAUUUUGCCACGUUUGCAAGAAGGGCGCCGACCUCAUUGGCUGUGACGUCUGUCCUAAAAGCUACCACCCACAUUGUCAUGACCCCCUUUUAAACUUUAAAAACGUCCCCCAAGGCAAAUGGUCAUGCCAGAGCUGCAAAUUUCAAAGAAAGAAGGUGAAGCAUAUGCAGAAACCGAGGCAGAAACAAUUGGUUGAAGAUUCUGUUACUGGAGCACCAGCAACAAAAUCCCCAACAAAAAUGGAUCCUUUGGAAUUACUGAUUGAAGCUGCGAGGUAUGUGGACCCUCUCCAAUUUGAAACGCCGCCAAUUAAAAUGGAGUUACCUAAAAUAAUGGAUAGAGCCCAUAUAUUUGACGACCCGGAACUUGUAAAAAAACUGGAACAGAGAGAAAAGGACAAAAUGUUGAAGAGUGCUGUACCAUUAGCUGAUUUGAGCUGCGCCAAAUGCGAAAAAUCUUGUAAGGUGGCGGCACUGAUUGAGUGUGACUUCUGCAAUUCAUAUUUCCAUGUGAACUGUCUUGAACCACCAUUGACUGAGCUUCCUCUGGGUUUGUGGAUGUGCCCGCUUCACGGAGAGAAUAAGUUGGACCCAAAGAUAUUAUCCUCCGCAUCAAUGUUCCAACGCGUUGCAUUGACAGACAAAUUUGUGCCGCCCAAUGAUGAUGCUCGGGGAAAUACUCUAAGAGUAGUGGUUUUGAAGCCUAGAAGCACCAAUAGUCCUCAGUUUGAAUUCAAAAAAGAACUCUCCUCUAGGGCCCUAAUACCUGGAGGGGUAAGAGCCCCAUAUAGUACAUCAGAUCCAUUGUUCCCAAUUAUAAAAGAGGAACUAGGAAUUGAAGAACAUGUCUCUGGGGAUAAUCAGGUCAAACAGAUGAAAGAUGAAACUAAUAAAGAAAAUGAAAAGGAAAAUGCAGACAUAGAAGUUAAAACAGUAUCAGACGGUUCUAAAAAAGGUGGUGAGGAAGAUGAGAGCACACCAUGCGAUGCCAGUGAUACAGGCCGCAUCAAAAACGAAGUUCCAACUUCUCCAAUUCAUGAGGAAACUGCCAAUGUACACCUCUCACCAACAAACAUUGCCGACAAGGCGCAUAGUAAUAAAAAUGAUAGCAGUGUAGACAUAAGGGAAAUUAACCAAAUAGAGGAGGCAAUGAGUCUUGUCAAGAAGAAAAAUAGUGUAACCAAAGAUAUUAUUGAUGGGUCUUUUAUUAUUGAUGCGGAACAAAACUUGAGACAACUUGACGAACGUCUGAUAAAGAAUUUAGCAUAUGAACGCUUACGACAACUCGCUGACCCCAAUGUAGGUGUGCCAAAAUUCCCUUUAGCCAGUGAAUUGUUAAGUCCUGCAGACAAAGAACGCAUUAUGAGGAUUUUCACCAAACCCCCAACCAUUCCAAAAGUGAGCGAAUCAACUAUGAAAACAAGAGCGAUGCUUUGCCCAAUAGUUUCAAAGCAUUUUUAUAAUAUUAAAUCGCAAGAGGUGGAUCCUGCGGACGUGAGGCUUGAUGCUAGUUUUCUAAAUUUUCGCCCUACUGUAUCUACAAGAUUUCCUGAAGCUAUAGCCAUGAAAAAACAAUCGAUAAACGUGGGCAGGGGUUCGUCUAACGAUGUUAAUCUGGAAGUAUUUGGGCAAUGCAAUUUCAUUGCGCCCCUGCACGCUACUAUAUUUUUCGAUGGGUUCGAAAAUUGCUUCGAGUUGAUCAAUUAUGCCCCUCACGGUACUAGGGUCAACAACGUCUUGUUCUCUGAUAAUGCAUCUCAAGCCCAUUCGGCUUCUCUAAAGGAGCAAGAUAAGCAUCGAGAUAAAAAUCAAAAUGUUGGAAAGACUGUUGGCGUAAAAUCUCGGGAAUCACCCAAAAAGAAAAAUCAUCGCUCGAGCAGUGUGGAAAUACCUAAAAUGGCAGCUCCCGAAUCGACUCCUAGAGUCGAAUGUGCUUGUUUGAAGGGAGCAGGAAUAAGAGAUCUGAAAGGACACUCUGAAGGCUCAGCCAUCCUCAAUCAUGGUACUUUAAUAAAGUUUGGUUGCCUUGGUUUCGUUUUUUCCAUUGUGGAUAAAUCCACAAUCUAAAUUUUUAUUAUUUUUUCUGGAUUAUUUUAUAUUUUUUUUGUUAUAUUUUUAUACUAUUGCAAAAUGGACAUGCUUACAGUAUAAUCACGGUAAUGUGGACAAUAAAAAUCUGAGGUUGUUUGAGGUAUUGGGAGUGUUCACCGAAGGUUAGAAAAAAUAAACCGAUGUAUGGAGCUGUUUUUUUCUGUAUAUUAUUAUACAUUUGAACAAUAAUAAUAUUAUAUACUUAUACUUUCCUCAAUAUAUACAUAUUGACUUAAGAGUCUGAAAAAAUGCUGUUACAUAUUUUUGACUGAAAUUUUUUUUCCGAUAGAUUUGCCACAGUUGCCUUAAGUUUAUAAUGUCAUGUUAUAAGGUGAUCAUGUAAAAAAAAUCUUGUUCACAUUACCGAGUGGUUUAUAUUAAUAAGUGUUCACAUUAUCGCGACCCUACUCUAUAAUUAUUUAGUUGUUAAAAAAAUAUAAACUGCUGGACAAUUAAACUGCAGCAAGCGAAUUUUUGGUUUACAUAAUUUGGCUCUAAAGUUGAUUCAAAUAUCACCCUUAUUGGAAGUAUUUAUUCUUGAAAUGCGCCGGAGCCCUGUUAACUCAGUUAUAACAGCCGGAAUGCUUUUCUUAUUUAUCAAAAUCUUCGUAGACUUUUCUUGGAUUCUAAGUACAUCCAUUAUCGACAAAAGUUACCUGUGAACGAUCAAAAAUUUGCUCGGUCUCCUUCAAUUGUUCAGAUAAAAAUUGCUCGGGUGCAUUUCCACUCCUAUUUUGGUUGUUUUUCAAAGCAACCCAACUUGGAUAAAACAAAGAAAUGCUUAUGGGUUUUUUUAAAAAUAGAGUUCUAAGAUUCUGAUGUCCACCUUAUCAAUACCAGAUUUUGACGAGUUAAUAUAGCUAUCAGCAAUGACAAAGUUGGUCGCUAUUUCAAAAUUCAACUCGCAUUUAUUAUUGAUAAACUGGUCUGAAUCGUUUUACUUUUAUAUUUUAUUUUUAUUGUUAAAAUCAGAGUUUAAUGUGAAUAUAAAAAAUUUGUUAGAUUUAGUUUUCUUGUUUCAAUAAUCACAUCACCUAUUUGCAGCCUGGGUCUGACCUCGUUAAUAUAAUAGCUAACAUCGGCUUCUCCAAUUUGCUAGUUGAGUUGUUAGACUCUUG